AUGCAGACGCUCCGCAUCGACGAGGAUAUUGACGAGAUGUUCCAGAACCUAGGCAUCCACCAAGUCAUGUUCCAGCAGUACGAGUCUUACCGGAAGGCGACUUGCCUUUUCCUUGCCACUCUCGAGCACGAGCCCUGCCAACUCGGCAAGACCACACCCCACGGCAGUGACGGGUACAUCACGUUCUGGGCCACCGGACGGCGACACUAUCUCUCAUACAGAGACAUUGACCGAGCACUUUUCCUGCCGCCAGGCAACCGUCUAGGCCUCGACGUCGACCGCGACGAGAUGACCGCACUUUGGGGACGAUCGCGUUUGGGGAGUACUUCUCCUCAAGCGCGAAGUACGCUCAGGAGCCCGCCGAUCCGCUACUUCCACAAGGCGAUCGCUAACACGCUCUUUUCCCGACAGGCCACCGGGAACGUCACAGAGACAGAGAUGGCCAUGAUCGACGUGGCCCUCACAGGCAUCCCGUUGAGACUGAUCAACGGGACCGAGCUCCGAGGCCGCAGAUCCCAUGGAGGCAUCACGGUCACCCUUGCUAGCCAGCUCCGCUCUUACAGGGACUGGGCUUCGAGGAACAGGACCAUCCGGCACAAGUGCACACUGCGGAUGGCAGGCUUGGUCACACCACUUCUACACGCCGUCGGCUUCACACCUGACAGAGAGGACGAGGUGGCACCAGCCGAGAGGCUCGAUCUCGAGUACCUGAGGAACAGCGUCUUCUUGCAGAAGACCCCCGGCUGGACGACGAUCAGAGAAGGGACCAACGUCGAGUUCAACCCACCUCAGUCCGCCCUCUACACAGGAGAUAGAACGACCGCCAGGGACUACGCCACACCUCAGGCGAAGGAAUGA